AGCUUUAGGUGGUGUACUGGGCAUAAAUAUUAGUAUCUAUUAAAAGCUUAAGUUUACUCGUAAUUUUCAGUUUAUUAAAAGAAGAUCUGUUUUAUUUCAAAGUGAAUGUGGGAGCACCAGGAGUCAGCUGGGGGUGUGUAGCUGCUGAGUGUGUUUGCCUUGAUGCUGAAGGUGCUGUGAAGGAGAUUGAGUUCUGGCCUUCACAUUUACUACUAAUUGAAAUUAAAAUAUUAUAGGAUUUCUCCUGAAAUCUAUGAAAGAGGUGAAGCACAAGCCAUCCUGAAGAAUCUGCAGAACACGCAGAAAUUGUUUGAUACAUUUAACAGACAGAGGAAACAGAGCAAAGUCCUGACAUGGAGAAACAUCAGCACUCUGUCAAGAGUUUCACUAAACAGAGUGAUCUCAAACUGCAUCAGCGCAUUCACACAGGAGAGAAACCGUAUCACUGCUCAGACUGUGGGAAGAGUUUUAAUAGACCGGGGACUCUAAAACUGCAUCAGCGCAUUCACACAGGAGAGAAACCGUAUCAGUGCUCAGACUGUGGGAAGAGUUUUACUCAAAAGAAUGAGCUCAAAAAUCACCAGCGCGUUCACACAGGAGAGAAACCGUAUCACUGCUCAGACUGUGGGAAGAGUUUUACUGAAAAGAGUAAUCUCAGAAGACACCAGCGCAUUCACACAGGAGAGAAACCGUAUCACUGCUCAGACUGUGGGAAGAGUUUUAAUCAACAGAGUAAACUCAAACUGCACCAGCACAUUCACACAGGAGAGAAACUGUAUCAGUGCUCAGACUGUGGGAAGAGUUUUACUCAAAAGAUUGAGCUCAAAAAUCACCAGCGCAUUCACACAGGAGAGAAACCGUAUCACUGCUCAGAGUGUGGAAAGAGUUUUAAUCAACAGAGUCAUCUCAAAAUACACCAGCGCAUUCACACAGGAGAGAAACCGUAUCACUGCACAGACUGUGGGAAGAGUUUUAAUCGACAGUGUACUCUCAAAAAUCACCAGCGCAUUCACACAGGUGAGAAACCGUAUUACUGCUCAGACUGUGGGAAGAAUUUUACUGAACAGUGUACUCUCAAAAUACACCAGCGCAUUCACACAGGAGAGAAACCGUAUCACUGCUCAGACUGUGGGAAGAGUUUUACUACACAGAGUAAUCUCAAAAAUCACCAGCGCAUUCACACAGGAGAGAAACCGUAUUACUGCUCAGACUGUGGGAAGAGUUUUACUCAACAGAAUCAUCUCCAAAAACACAAGUGCAGUAACACAGGAGAGAAAACUAUCCCAAAUUUGUUCCACGGCAAUUAAAAGUGCAAAUCCUAAGUCUUUCAGACAGAACACCUUAUCCUACACUAAUGUAUUACUCUGUCACUUGGGACACGUUCCACCAGAAACAAACAUGAACUGAAUUUAACAAUCGAUUUCACAGGUUCAGCAAAAUUAUUCUUAUCCAGGGAUGAUGUUUAUUGAAUUUCAUGUUAUGUUUUCUUGAAUGUUCGAUAUUCCAGAACAUUCUUCGUGAGACAGAGCUCAGUUUUUAGGGUAGUUACAGUAAGAGUUCAGUUCUGAAGAAGGGAAUGUCUUUCAAGUACGAACUACGGCAUUGCCAGAGCUUGCUCCAGACAUUAGAUUAGCAUUAGAUUAACAUAGUCUUUAACAUUUAGAUGUCAUAGUUGUUAGGAGUAGAGUAGGAUUCUUGCAACUAAAUGAUUUUGUUGCUGGAACACCCACUUUACCUAUUUUUGGUGGCCUAAUGUAAUUUAAUAACUUUCCCCACCUGAACACACACAUACCACAAACCCCAUCCAGGAUGCACUGGAAUUAGAAUAAAAGCCUUUGAUAAGUCUUUUCACAAAUCAAACCUAAAUUUCAAAUGACAUAUCUCACUUUUUCAUCUCUCCAGUCCUCUCAAGAGACCUAAAUGCUAGUUGGGUAAACCUUGUACAUUUUUUGUCAUUCCUCCAGCGAACACUAAUUCAGACAACCGUCAAACUUUGGACUUCUACGACCUUAAAUAGUCACCAUCUGUGAUUGUCUCCCAAAUGAGGUGGACCAACAGUGCCAUCACCAGGACGAAGACCCGACUGCCAUUAUAAUACUAUAUAAUUCAACUUGCUAAAAUCCACAGAAACGCAAUCCACAAAGAGUUACUGCAAUUUAAGAGUUUAUGCUUGGUUAUUCCUGCAAAGCAUUGAGAAAAUAAGACUCGUUUAGUUAAAAGAAAUGUUCAAAGCUUUGGAUUCCAUUCCCAGCCUUGUAAGCUGAAAUUCUGUGGUGUAAACUGAUCUCUCUCACACCCGUCAUAAAUUCUGAUCAACAGGCUAAGAGCCAGGCGAAGAGAAUUUCUCACAAAGCAGAACAAAUAAGAAUAUACAUUAACUAAAUAAAAAGUUAUUUUACAGAAUAUUUACUAAAUAAUAUGCCACUUAUAGUGUAUGGGUAUAGAUGCUGUCCUGAUUAAAUUUUCAUACACAGUCAAGUCUGAAUCAACAAGGUUUAACUAGCAUUUAAUAAUUUUGCCUUAUUUGGUUAUUAGUGGUUUAUUAUUUUAUAGUGUUUGUGUUAUCUUUUCAAUUAUUUAAUUGGGUUUAAAUAUAAACAUGACUCUUUAUUUCUUUUUUGACAAGGACCAUACAUUGUUUCUUACUUCAGGAUUAUCUGGAAUGUUACCAACCUAUUUGUAGGAAAAA